GAAGGCAACAAAAGUUCAGUCUACAGAGUUGAGACAUCUAUGGCCAUGGAGGAAAAAAAGAACAUUACGGAAACCAAUUUUGCCCCAGACCCAGGGGGGACAGGAACAACACAAGAUGCCCCACGUGACCCAAGCCCAGAGAAAAUUAUCAGCAGACAGCUGACUGAACAGGGCCGUUUUGCAUAUGCUGCGCUCUGUGGUGUCUCUCUGGGCCAGUUGUUUGCUGGACCUGAAAACAGAGUUUUCAGGGAGCAGUAUCUACAGGGCUUGGUCCGCUGGCUGGACCUGGAUGAGUCAGUGAUGCCGGUUAUGGGGGCUUUCCUGUCAGGCCUGGGCUUCGAGGGCUCCGACACCUUCCUCUCCACCCUACAGGCCGAAACACUACUUGCUGCUGGGGCCACCCCCAUCAUACAGGAUCUGGUGUCUUUUUCUGUCAAAGACGGCCAGUAUGAUGCCAGAGCGAGGGUUCUCAUCCGUCAUGUCAGCUGUCUGCUACGAGUCUUUCCACAGCAGCUGGAGGAGUUUGAGGAAACACUGGGCGAGAGGCUGAGAGAAGCGGAAGCGGGAGAGGAGAGCGAAGAGGAGUCUUCCCGGCGGCUGAGGAGAGAAAGAGGGCGAAAGUUACGACGCUACCUCCUGAUUGGACUAGCCACUGUGGGCGGAGGAACUGUGAUUGGUGUGACAGGUGGGCUGGCAGCCCCCUUGGUGGCAGCAGGGGCCAGUGCUGUGCUGGGGGCUGGAGGGGCUGCUGCUCUGGGCUCAGCCACUGGCAUUGCAAUCAUGGCCUCCCUAUUUGGAGCAGCAGGAGCUGGAUUGACUGGCUAUAAGAUGAAUAAGUGUGUUGGGGCGAUAGAGGAAUUUGAAUUCCUGCCACUGAGCUCCGGGAAGCAUCUUCACCUGACCAUCGCAGUGACAGGGUGGCUCUGCAGUGGUAAAUACAGUUCGUUCCAGGCCCCGUGGUGCAGCCUGGGCGAGUGCGGGGAACAGUACUGCCUGGUGUGGGAGUCACGUUUCCUCAGGGAUCUGGGCUCAGCCAUGGCUUCUCUGUUGGAUGGGCUAGUCAGCAUGGUGGCCCAGGAAGCGCUCAAGUACACAGUGCUCUCAGGCAUCGUGGCGGCUCUGACGUGGCCGGCGUCUUUGCUGGCAGCAGCCAGCGUCAUUGACAACCCCUGGUGUGUUUGUCUGAACCGCUCAGCUGAGGUGGGGAAACACCUGGCACAGGUUUUGAGAAGCAGACAGCAGGGGAAGCGGCCUGUCAGUCUCAUAGGUUUCAGUCUUGGGGCCAGAGUUAUCUACUACUGUCUGCAGGAGCUUGCCAAUGACCAAGGUAGUGAAGGAGUAGUGGAGGAUGUAGUCCUCUUGGGGGCCCCUGUGGACGGCUCUGAAAAGGCCUGGGAGAGAAUGACCAGGGUAGUGGCUGGAAAAAUAGUGAACGGCUACUGCAGAGGGGACUGGCUCCUGGGGUUCUUGUAUCGAAGUUCAGCUGCACAGCUGUCUGUUGCUGGGCUACAGCCAAUCAACAUCCAGGAUCGGCGUAUAAUCAAUGUGGAUCUUUCCUCCGUGGUGAAAGGUCACUUGGACUACAUGCGUCAGAUGGACACCAUCUUGGUGGCAGUAGGACUUCCCACCAAAGAAGUCCCAGGAGCCUUCUUUGCUCUUCCUCAGCCUGUAACAAUUACAAAGGGAACAGUGGCUAUCCCUGACCAAACCCCCAAUGAGCGACAAGUGACUGAGAAACAAAACCAAGCUGAGGAGGCUGAAACUUGUACAGAAGAAAGUGGAAACGUGAAAGAGGUGGCAGAGACAGACGAGAUGGGUGACGGUUGGGAUAUCCCUGAUAUUUCAGACCUGCUGGACUCAUUAAAUGAUACAGAAUCAGAGAGUCAAAUCGGAGUCAGCAACAAUUUACCACUUACUUCUGAGGAGAAUGCCACUAAUGACGACACAGCAUCUGCUUUUACUGUGUGUGACGAUGUAGAGGGGGCUGACAAUGAACACAUAUCAUGGAGCUGGGAUGAUACACGCUGGACUAUAGAGCACACACACAAACAAAGGCAGCCAGACUUGUAAAGAGCAUGUUACAGGACCAGCUGCUUCCCUGUAAAAUCUCAUCUUCUCAAGUUUUUUUCAGCAUCAAAGCUUUGUUGGAGAAAAUAUUCAUUCCAUUCUCAACAUACUAACAUGCCAGAGACGGCUAGAGUCAGUGCACACAUAUGGCAGCCUCAAGUGAAAAGCCCCUGAAUUAACUGCUUUGUUUUACCCCUAAAUGUUUUUUAGACUAAUGUAUUAAUUUAUAACAAUUUAGAAAAUUGUAAAUGAAGUAGAUUUUUUACAAACUGUACAUAGUGUCAUCAUUUAUUUUCUAAACCCGCUGUGAGAUCAAAUACUUGUAAAUAUUACUUGUGUUUUUCAGGUUUUAGAGGAUGCUACAAAAUAGGUGAUAUCUCUGUUCCUCUCAUGCUUCUCAUUUUCAUCACUUGGCUUGGUUGCUAUGGAUAUUAUCACAGUAAUUUGAUUUCCAUAUGGCCCGGGGGCAAUUCAGUGAAUGUGGCUUCUUCAAGGUCUUUCUUUUCUCUAUUCCACCCAUACCAAUGUGAAGCGCUGCUUACUAUAGAGUUUAGUUACAUUGUAUACUAGCACUGAUAAUUACAAAUAGUCUUAACCCUGAUUUUUGUUUUUGUUUUGGUAAUGCACCUAUAUCAGUUUAUUCAACCAUAUUUCAUAAUUGGAAAGAAACACACAAUUUAAGAUAGAACAAGGGUGGAGCUUACUGAAUAUGUGUCCAUAGACAUUUUUCUGUGCCCAUAAAGAAUUAAUUUUAAAUUUGAUUCUUUUUUAUUUCUCUUAGGCCUUAACCUCUUAACUCAAGGAAUGUUUUAUGAGUCUCGAUACUUGCCUUGAAUCACUUUUCCACCAUAAACCCUGACAUAAUAUA